AUGAUUGUUAACGUCUUCAUUUCUGUUGUUUUCUUGUUGCUCGCUUCUGUAAAUGAUGCGGCUGCGGUGAAAUUCAGACGCGCGCACGACUUUGCACACGAUGACCAUAAGAUCGAGCGGAGCGCGAACACUCCUGGACAAGUAAUGGGUUUCCGUCGUUAUGGUCUCGCUGCGCCUGUUCCGAUUAAGCGGCAGGAUCCAGGCUCUGGUAGCAGCCUCAGUAGCAUUCUUGCUGAGUUUGGUGGUCAAUCAGGGGUAGACAAUAUUGUUAACGAGAUUAUUGCUGCCUUGCCUCCUAAUCUUGCUACUCCUGCUUCUGCUCUCCUUGCUGAGUACACGCAGGGGGCGGCGCCUUCUGUUCCCACCUCGAUGCCGACAAUGGGGGGCAUGAAUGCGACUGGCGGACCUGCAGGUGCCAAUGGCACUGGCUCGAUGGGCGCAUUCCCUGGAAAUGCUACUGAUGGGUCGUUCAGUGGAACCGCCACCUCGGGCUUUGGAUCCACUGGCACUAAUUCUUCUGCUAGCCCAUUUAAUGGCGCGGCCUCGGGGAAUGCGACAGUUAUGCCUGCAAGUGGUGCUCCUCUCGGCUCCGACAACUCGACAGGUUCGUCUCUGGGUGGCUCCAUGCAAGGUGGUAACUUUGGGAAUCAGACGGCAGGGUCUACCCUCGGUGGAUCGAUGACUGGCGGUGGCCUGAUUGGAAAUGGCUCAUCACCCGACAAUACCAGUGGUAGUGGAUGGCCUUCCGCUGCUUCACCGUUUGACAACUCGACCAGUAGCGGAUCUCCCUUCGGUGGUUCGCCUUUUAUGAACGGCACGAUGAACGGCUCCAUGAGCGGUGGGCCAUCUCUCGGUGGCAUGAUGAACGGUAGUUCUAUGACUGGUGGCAUGGUGUCCGGUAGCUCUAUGACCGGUGGCAUGACGAACGGGAGUUCUAUGACCGGUGGCAUAAUGAACGGGAGCUCUAUGACCGAUGGCAUGAUGAACAGUAGUUCUAUGACCGGUGGGCCAAAUUUGGGUGGCAUGAUGAACGGUAGUGCUAUGACCGGCGGAGUCCCUCUCAGUGGUUCAACUCUCGGCGCUUCUGACAAUUCCACCAACCUCCCAUCUUCUGGCAACUUCACAUCAAUGCCUUUGAAUGGCUCUCCCUUCGGUAAUGCUACGGCUUCGUUGACGGGUGGUUUUUCCUCAAAUGCGACAGGCACCCCGCUUGACGGAUCCGCCUCUGGCCCCAUGGAUAUGAAUAGCACGGCUGUGCCUAGUGCCAACUCGACCGCCUCCAAUGGAUCAGCGAUGCCCGUGCCAACCAUGACGAGCUCUUCUACUGGUGGUGCCUCCUUGAAUGUCUUGUUCCAGGACCUCGAGAAUGAAAAUGGCGAUGUUGCGCAUAUCAUUCAAACCCUCGCAGGGAUGGCUCCCAGUCAAGUACAACCAUCUGUGUCCUCUCUACUGACUCAAGCAACGGGGAUAAUUGGCAAUGAUUUCAGCCAGGUAACCCAGAUUCCCCAGCCUCGAGGUUUCGGCUACCAGGGUGCCGGCAGUGUUGCAAGUGCUGUCCUUGUGGCACGUUCUGCCGUCCCAACAGCUUCCGCCAAGACCAAUGCUGCACUAGGUAGCAAGACAGCACUCGCUGGUUUCGCUACCGUCGCUGGUAGCAUGCUUAUCGGGGCUCUGAUCGCAUGCUAA